AUGGCGAGGAGAAAGGAUCGGGUGCUUGGGCGAAAGUUCCAACAUGGGACGGUGCUCCAACUACGUGGAGGGCCUUCCAACGUGAAAUGGUGGGUCUCCUCGCUGGACCUGGAGAGCACCAAGAAGUACAACUUAGCGGCUCGGUUCUUGCUUAGACAGACCGGGAUUGUUAGGCAGCAUGGCGAAGAGUUCUCUCCAGAGGAUUUGCAGUAUCGUCCGGCUCAGACCAUCACUGACCCAGAUAGUGGCGAAGUCUUUGAGAUUGAGAAGGAAGACUGUUUGUUUGGCUUGAAAAAACUGAUGCAAGCCCUAGAGGGCAUUAAUGGAAUGACUGCACUGGAUAAGAACGGCGAGUUGAGGUCACAGUAUUCAAUACGCAAACCUGGAGAGAGAGUUUCUGAGUUUUCUACAGGGUUUCGAACUGUUGUGGCAGAUCUUCGCUCUGAACAGGUGCAGUUGCGGUCCUCUGAGGUUGGUUGGUUUUAUAAGGAGAAGCUUGGACUUGAUCCUUUGCGUAAGCAGUUGCUUGAGACUGCAUUGCAAGGUGCUGACGAUUAUCAGACAAUUGAGACUGAAACAUUGAGGACAUUCUCCAAACCCAGGCCGAAUGCUUUGCGGCUGAACUCCAAGAGGCCGAAGAGAUGGGCGGGGCUUCCAUGCGAAGAUGUGGAAUGUUUAGAGCAGAACUUUGAACAAGCCGCUGAGGCUUUAGUCACAAUGAAAGAGGCGAGAAGCCGCUUGCAAGAGAUCCGAAAGGAUUGUGGCUAUGACCGCUCUGGUGAUGGCAAGGGCAAUGGAAAGACAGGUCAAGUUGCGUCUCGACAGGCAUCUGGGAAGCGUGCAUGCUUCGAUUGUGGGAUGCACGGCCAGUGUGCUGGAGAUAAGGAAUGCACCAUGCCAGGUGCUGGUUUGGGACGCAAGAGCGCUUCUGCACCAAAGGCGAAAGCAAAACAACUGCGCCUUGCUGAAGCGCUGAAUGCAGAGUUGGCUCUCUCCGAGGACAAGUUGGGACGUUGGACUCUGCAUGCCAUCGAACUUGCUGUGGGCCCGUUUGGAUGGAUUCGUACAUGGCCAAACUUGCACAGUUGGCUGGACCAGAUGGCAGCGGGUCACUUCAUGCUGCGGCUUUUGCCGUUGCGUUGGCCGAGAAGCAACAAUUUCCCCGUCAACAUCCUCUACGACGUCCUGGUGCACGUGCUGGCAAUGGAAGCUCAGCAAGCAGCCUUGCUUCCUGCGCUUGUGGCCCAGGCUCAGGCCGAUGCCUCAGUCAUUGUGACUUUGGGGCCUGUGGCUCAAAAGACCCUGAUGGCCGAAUGUCGGCAAGCCUUUGCUCCGUACCGAUGGAGAAGGUUCAUCAUGCGUUUACUUGGAAGGCGUCAAUGGUACGAGCAAGCUUGCUUUUGUGUUUGGUGGCGCGCCGAAGCAAUGGUUGGCCAAGCUGUUCUUCCUCGUGCUCACCAUCAUUUGGCAUUGGAAGCCAAACCAUAUACAGCCAAGAACUUACUGGAGCUUCAAGGAUUUCGAGAUCGAGUUGGCUGGCGCUUUGCAUUCUUGGAAGACUCCCUGCUGAGCAGUUUUCUUUUGACAAAGACCAUACGUGGUCAGCAACAGCGUUUGAAGAUGGAGGCAAUCCAAGAAAUGAAGGACAAGGUUCAAGAGGAAGUGCAAGAGGAAGACCGAACACAACUGGCCAGACAGUUGAUUGGUCCUCGUGGGGGCUUGCCCACUCUCAAGGACGACUUGGUCCGCUUGGCACAUUUGGUCUAUGUGGAGGUGGAACCGAAGGACACGGUCGCCAUUUUGCAGGCCAAGAUUCGGCCGGUAGUGGCUUCGCUCAAGGAGAACAAGCCAGUGGCGAAACCAAGUUCAGUGACGCCGUCAACGGCAGCGCCCAAGAGCUCGGCCACUGCUGCCAAGGCCGCAACACCGGCCGCAUCCACUUCGUCAACAUGGUCAGUUGUGAAUCCAACUGAUGCGGACGAUCGAAUGAUGCAGAUGAUCGCCAUGCAGGACCAGAAAUUCCAGGCCAUGAGGAAUCAAGUGAUGCAGCAUGUGAUGAGCCUGCAGCAGUUGCCAUCUGGGGCGAUCAAUCUGGACAGCGAAGACGCCAACAUGAACGAGAACCCAAAAGCUCUGACAAUGUGUACACAGACACCGAGCCCAUUGCGAAGGCUGCCCAGCGCAUUGGACUUAGAGCUGGUGACAGUCUUACUCUUGGGACGGGAUGGGAUUUCAAAGAUGCCCGUCACUGAGAAGCGAGCAGAUGCCAAGGAGUUGGUGGUGUUUGCCGUUGAGUUUGCCAUGAUUCAGCUUGCGGGCUGUCGCCACUUUGUGCUGGAGAAUCCAUCAGCAUGGAAGCUGGAGGAGGUGAUUGCUCUGUGUGAAAGAGAUGAUGUACUCGAAGUGGUGGUAGACACGUGCCGCUUUGGUCUGAGAAGUGCUGAAGGAGGUUACCAGAAGAAAGCGACAAAACCGGUGACAUCUUCCCAAGCCUUGAUCACGGCUUUUUGGAAUCAGCGCUGCUUGGGAGAUCACAUGCAUUCGCAUGUCAUUGGCGGCUCAAAGAUCACUAACGCAUUCAUGGACCAGUAUGGCUUUGAGCAGCUUCCUGGGGAGGUCUCUGACUUUGACGAUGACGGCGCGAUUGAAGUGUUUGCGGCGGAAUCUGCAGCGGCGCGAAUGAAGUGUUUGCGGCGGCUUGCUCCGGCACUGCUGAUUGCUGGUGCGCCUCCAGCUGCUAUUGAAGCUGCCAAGCAGUUGAAAUGCUCAGUCUGUGCGGAAAGAAGGCCACCGAAGAGUCGUUUGCCUUCAUCACUGCCGCCACCUCGUUGGUCAGCAGGCCGCAAUCCUCAAUCUUCUGCUGAUGUCUUGAGCAAUUUUUGUGGACAUGUGGCGGAGCACUUGCUUUUGGAGGCUGAUGCAUCAAUGGCCCGGCAGGUGGCGAUUAGAGAGACGGCCAGAGUGGCCGUGGUGCGACUUCACUACAGCCGAGGCCAGCUCACCAAGCGCCCUAUGGAAAUUCUCUGGAAGGCAUCAUCACUUGAGAACUUUGCUGCUGGUUCUUGGGAGGCUGCCAUAGAUGUUGUGCUGAAAGCAGCACAAUGUGACGUUGUUGCCGAUGAUGCUUUGCCAGCGCAACAGCCUGAAUCAUUGGAUGAUGGUCUUGAUGGGCAACAGACAGCUGCACCUUUCACCCCUGUCCUUGCACCUCCUGUAUUGUCCAACACUGAGAUUGUGGCAGCUCUACAACCACAAGGAAGCGGUCAGACGGCUGGCUCCAGACGACAAUCGUCGAUGCUUGCAGAUGUGGCUUUUCAAUUUGGUUCUGACACACAGAACUUGAAUCUUGCAGUGCCAGACCAGCAGCCUGAACAUGGGCGCUCGAGAUUGCUAAGCACUGUGGAGCUGGAUAGGCGUGCCCCUCUUGACAACUUGGAGUACGGCCACGGAUGGAAUGCCUACGUUGACAGCAAUCCAAUCCAAGUGUUGCCCAUGCAAGAAUCAAUGCAAGUCCGAAAGGAUCCGGCUCGACGCCAGGAACUGGAUCGAAUUCUACAGCCCAGGUCCGCUUUGACGGUCAAACAUGAUGGACUUCGCACGGCAUCUCAUCCUUUGCCUAUCAAGGUAAGCAGCCGCAUUGUUGUGCCAGGGUACAAGGACAAGAGCAACUUGGAAGGCAAUCUCCGACGUGAUUUUUCAAUUGGUCCACGGAUGGCUCAACAUUUUCUUUUCUCCUUGGCUGCUUUCUUUACACAUUGGAUGCUGAUUGCUGCAGAUGUGAAAGAAUAUUUGGGCUGGCAGACGCCCCCAGAGAAUGGUGGGUCCGUUUGUCAAGAUCCAUGGAAGAGCAUGGUAGGUGGUGCAGCUAGAAAGGCUUCAUCGGAUGCCAUAGAACCUGAGAACCUGAAAGAUCGUUUGCCUCGCCACCGCAAAUCAGAUCCAUCGUCCAAGCCGGAUGCGACGGAGACGAAGAGACUUCGAGCAUUGCUUGGAAGCUUCCAAUGGUUGGUUUCAACACUUCAAGGAGAGAGCCCGCCCACGACUUCUAUGAUCUUGAGGGCGGCAAACUCCCUGGCGAAAUUCAAAUUGAUGGUCUCCGACGCCACGCUCGGAAAUUUACGACGUGAUGGCUCGAAUGCUGGCGAAUCCAUCACCAAGACCUACCCUCAGGGUUGCUACUUUGCAUUUCUGGCUGAUGGUGAUCUCACCGAGGGUCGUCAAGGGAACUUCAACAUACUCGAUGCCAGGUCUCACAGAAUUCCCCGUGUAUGUAGAUCAACGUACGCGGCCGAGUCCUUGGCUGCCGAAGAAGCUCUUGAUGUGGGCCAGCUAUGUCGAGGUUUUCUGUUGACAACGAGGGGUCAUGACACUUUUGGACGCAAUGCAGAUCUCGGAACCAGUGCUGUGAAGAUGACACUGACUGUGGAUGCCAAAGAUGUGCAUGACAAAAGAAAUUCAGACACGCCCAGCUUCGGAAGUCGAAAGUGCUUAGCCUUUACAGUGGCUUGGAUGCGCUCCGUUCUCCGCAAGCCGAACACUGGGUAG